AUGGAGCAAUCUAAAAAUCUGCACAAUUUCACUUUCCCUUCAGGGUUGAGGUGGGGGAAACAACAUCUAUUGAGAUGCAUUGAUCCAGUUCCUGCAAUGUAUGUGGUUAAAGAUAACGAAUCUUCAGAUUUAGGCGAGGCUAACCAGAAACCUUCUGCGGGACAACCUAUUUCCACCGAUGAUCGGCAAAAGAAGUUGGAUUUUGGGCAGAAUUCAUCAUCUUCUUUGAUCAAGGCGUCUUCACCCCCAAAUGAAGGUGAAGAGAACUCACCGCCUUCAAAAUACAAAUGUUUGAAAAAUUUGACAUCCAAAGCCUCAUCGCCAUCGCCUUCGCCUGCGAUUCACUCAAAAGAUGGGGCUGACGGAGGAAAUAUUGCCGAGGCUGAUGGUCGGAGAUCGAUGAAAACGAGGCCUAGAAGGAACCUUGAAAAAAAGGAAGAAAGACCGAAAUUUUCAAUCCAGCUCUCACGUAAGGAAAUUGAAGAAGAUUUCAUUGCUAUGACAGGGAAGAAACCACCAAGAAAACCUAAUAAGCGACCUAGAAGUCUUCAGGUUAAACUAGAUGCUCUAUCUCCUGGUUUACACCUGUCUAAAGUUCAUAAGGAUAGAUACAAAGUGAACGAAAAUGGAAAGAUGCGAAGCUAG